AUGGGCCAGUGGACUCCCAACGGGCACCUCUGCACAGCGAGCAGAACUCAUCGCCCUGACUCAGGCCCUAAGGAUGGCAGAAGACAGAAAGGGCUGUUAACUUCUGCCGGGAAAGAUGUUAAAAACAAACAAGAGAUUUUGGAUUUGCUUGAAGCCAUCCAUAGGCCUAAGGAAGUAGCAAUAAUACAUUGCCCUGGACAUCAGAAAGACGACUCUCCAAUAGCUCAAGGAAACCGGAGGGCAGACCAAGCCACAAAGCAAGCGGCUCAGGGAAUGAACAUUUUUGCCCCUCCAAACUCCCCUUAUCAUGUUAUUGGAUUAGGAAAAUUGGCUGACGAGGUUGUAAAAAAUUGUGUACCCUGUCAAUUAGUAAACGUGAGCAAAAAUCAAGCAAUAUCUGGAAAAAGACUUCGAGGAGAUCGCCCAGGAGCUUAUUGGGAAGUUGACUUCACUGAAAUUAAGCCUGCUAAGUAUGGAUAUAAGUACCUUCUAGUUUUCCUAGACACAUUUUCAGGAUGGACAGAGGCGUUCCCCACAAAAACUGAGACAGCCCAGACGGUGUCUAAAAAGAUCCUUGAAGAGAUAUUUCCCAGAUUUGGGAUCCCAAAGGUAAUCGGCUCCGACAACGGCCCUGCCUUUGUUGCCCAGGUUACGAGCCUUGGAGGACUGUGUGCAGCUUUAAGAGAAGAAUGCUGCUUUUAUGCAGACCACUCCGGAAUAAUAAGAGAUUCAAUGUCAAAGCUUAGGGAAAGGCUAGACCAGAGAAAGAGAGAGCGAGAGGCUGGCCAGGGUCUAUUUGAGUCCUGGUUCACUAAGUCCCCAUGGCUCACAACUCUGAUAUCCACUUUAGCCGGACCCUUGCUCAUUCUUGUUCUGCUUCUUACUUUUGGUCCCUGUGUUUUGAACUGGCUAAUAUCUUUUGUUAGAGAGAGAGUAAGUGCUGUUCAAGUACUAAUGCUAAGACAACAGUAUCACUCGCUCACACAUCAAGAAGAAACAAACAUUCCAUGAUUGGAAUGCCCCAAAAAGAGAAGUGGGGA